CAGGACGACCACACCUGUAUAAACAACGGCUGAUAAGACUCUUCUGAGGAAGACUGCAGGAAGACAGCAGCCGAAACAUGUCAAGGUAAAAGAGAUAGUGCCAUGUCAGCCAUGACGACCUCGCUUAAGGAGACGUUGUGGGUAACUCUGGAGGAUUUGAGGGAGGAGGAAUUCAAGCAGUUGAAAUGGCUCCUCCAGCAGAUGGACAUCAUGCACACAAUCACCCCACAUCUUGAAACCUACCCAGCCAUCGCUGUGAGCAAACUGGAGAAGGCAGACAGGCAAGACACCGUCGCUCAGAUGGUGCAGAUCUACGGCCCUCACAGAGCUCUGGAGGUGACCCGGAAGGUUUUAGUCAAAAUCAACAGAAAUGAUCUGGUGCAGAGAUUACCAAACUUCUCCUCUACAUCAAAAGUAGAUGUUAGUGAUGUGGGGACUAGUUCUGACAAUAGACACCUGGCCACUACAGACAGUCAGAUCGGAGGUAAAGCUUUUGUUUGA